GUCACUAUUGGCGCGCGCCAGUCUACAGGAACGUGCGCGUCCCCGCUGCUGAGUAACAAGAUGGCGGCCGCCGCCGGAUCAGGCGUAAAAGUUCCCCGUAACUUCAGGCUAUUGGAAGAGCUUGAAGAGGGUCAGAAAGGUGUUGGCGAUGGGACAGUGAGCUGGGGUCUGGAGGAUGAUGAGGACAUGACACUCACACGCUGGAGAGGAAUGAUCAUUGGACCCCCAAGGACAAUAUAUGAGAACCGGAUGUACAGCCUCAGGGUGGAAUGUGGACCAAGAUACCCGGAAACGCCCCCUUUUGUUCGUUUUGUGACAAAGAUCAAUUUGAAUGGAGUGCAUAACUCAAAUGGCGUGGUUGACAUGAGAGCUGUGUCUUCACUGGCCAAGUGGCAGAAUUCCUACAGCAUCCGCGUGGUCCUGCAGGAGCUGCGACGACUCAUGAUGUGCAAAGAAAACAUGAAGCUACCGCAGCCACCUGAGGGACAAAUCUACAGCAACUGAGCUCCAAGCUUUUCCUCCAUCCUGCUCUCUUCUCUACCUUCAUUAAAACACUUUCACACACAUAGACACACACACACACUCACACACACACACACACACAUUCCUCCUCUUUUCUUGGACUCAUGAAGUUUUCUGCCAGUACUGCUCUCUAUUCCUGACCACUCCCCCUACGCUGCAGCAGCCAAUGAGCAGUCCCGCCUCAGGUGCUCCCAUUGGACAGAAACGAUGGAUGUUGUGGUGUGCACAGCAGAAUACUGUACAUCUUCCUAAUCUUUUUUUAAUGUUUGUUUGUUAUACGUACAUGCAAAUUGUAAAAAUAACAUAAAUGAUCUUAUUGAGUGUA